AUGCCUGUCGACCCGGCCUUCGUCUCGAUCCUCGCCAAUGGCAUGACGAAACUCAUGGACACUAAGGUCGGCGAUAAGCUAUGUCACCAUGUCGGCAAUAGAACGAUCAAGGACGAAGAGAAAUACAAGAAGGAUAAGAGACACAGUGGCGACAAAUCCAAACGUCACUCUGACAGCUCACACUCGUCAAGACGCUCAUCUGAAGACGACUACGAUAAGCGACCUUCUACUUCAUCGUCCUCUUCAUCCAAUGACCGUCGUCGUGAUGCCCCACGCCGCCCUUCAGCGCAGACGAGGAGGCACUCUUCACAAUACUAUAAUCCUGAACAGAGGGGUUCGCGACGUACAGGUUCGAACAGGAAGCAUCGUCGACGACCAAGGAGGAUGACGGACGAGGAAUUGGAUGACUUGGCCGCUGAGGAGGAGUUCCGUAGGAUGAGUCUUGCGGAGCACGAGGAAAGGAUGGCGCGGUUCAGAGAGACGAAGAAGGGGUAUGAGCCGGAGGCCUGA